GAUAAGCAGCGACCUCUACAAUAACUAAAUGUAACUUGCCAAUAUCCCAAACGUCAACGAGUGAAUCACAUUUAAUUCCAUACGUCUCUUCCCAUUUACACCAAAACGACAGAAAAAAGGCUCCGUUUAAAUACACACCUCAAUUCAUCAAAACAAAGAAAAUAAUAAUCAACAAUGAAAAGAUGUUUUAAAAAAUGUCAGCAAAUAGUUUGUACCAAUUCGGUUAUAAAGUGUGCUAAAAUGUGCGUGUGCAACAUGGUAUAGUGAAGUAGGAAAGCUGUGAGCGUUUCGUUUCUUCUUUCUGUGUAAUUCGCAAACUUAAGGUUAAAAAAAUUCGUAAAUGAAACGAUAAUUCAUCCCUGUUAUUACCAAACGCACUCUAAAUAUAAAAAAGAUAUGGAUUCGUUAAGAAAAUGGUUUUAUAGACCCAAGAGGGAUGAUAAAUCACUUUUGGCCCAAUUUUUCUUUGCUGAUGAAGCUUUAAACAUCAUAGCUGGCGAACUAGAUAGUUUUGAUGGAAGGAAAGAUCCCGAAAGAUGUUCUGCACUUGUUAACCAACUACGUCAAUCGCAAGAUAAAGUCCUUACCAUUACUAAUUGUAUUAUGGAUGAUUUAAUUGGAGAUGAAAGAGCUAAUCGCGAUUUUAGAGUCAAAUUUCCUGAGGAUGUUUUACAAGAAAAUUUAGCUGGACAACUUUGGUUUGGAGCUGAGUGUCUGGCUGCUGGUUCAUCAAUAAUGAACCGCGAAGUGGAAAGUGAAUCAAUGCGUCCUUUGGCAAAAGCAUUAACGAAAAGUUUAGAAAAUGUAAGAAAUCUGUUACGCGAAACCUGCCUUCGUUGUAACCAACCUAAUGGUCCUCUAAAAUUGAACACCAACGAAGUUGUAACAGAACUACUUUUAGAAAGUUUAAAAAUUUUUGACCGACUCUUUGCCGAAUUUGAGCUAUGUUAUGUAAGCGCAAUGGUACCCGUGAAAAGUACCCAAGAAUACGAAUUACAGCAACUAAUUGGGGUACUAUUUUCCGAAACGCUUCAAAGAGCGCUUAAAAUGGGUUUGUUAACGCAAGAAAUGGUCGACGAUUGCGAUCCGGCUUUGAUGUUUACAAUUCCUCGUUUGGCGAUCGUCAGUGGUCUAUUAGUGUUUCCAAACGGUCCAUUAUCGAUAGAUAAACCGGUGGAGGAGAUGAGUGAGAUGUUUCGGCCGUUCAGGACGUUAUUGCGUAAAAUACGAGAAUUGCUUUGGACGUUUACGCGACGCGAAUUGUUCGUUUUGGAGAAGAUCUUGUGUGAUAACGAAACGAGCGCGGACUUUAAAGUGGCCGACUGUAACGCAUCGGAUGAAUUUCUAAUGGCCAAUUACGGUAAUUUGUGUAAAAGUUUCGUGCCGGACUGUAGCGUUAAGUUAAAAAAGAAAGAUUCCAAAGAGUACCAAAGAAACCGUGAUUACGAUCAUUUCCAAUCGGAGAAAUCCAAACCAUCCACGUCGGGUUAUUUAAUUUCAAACACAGUCGAUCAUGAUAAAAUCGUAGCGGCGAUUUCUUCACAAUCGGAUUUAGAACAGGAUCAGCAGCUUAAAGUCGAAUCAUUACCAGAUGACGAUUCAUUAGAAAUUAUUACCGAAGCGGCUGCUACUUUAAAUUCAAUACUAACCAUUACUGACACGACGAAACCGUCGAAAAAGACGAAAAUUACCUGCGCCAAACUACAUUUAGAAUCCCCGGACGAUUCCGGAAUAUGCACCGAAAAUACCAGUUUGGAUCGUUCGCCAACGUUCGAUUCAAACGACGCAAAUGCGUGUUGUAGUUGUGUUUUACCGUCGAAAGUGUGUAAUAAAUCGAAAAAACGCGUUAACAAUAAUAACAGUAACUCGUUUAAUAACGGGAACGUUAGUCGGACUUGCUCUAAAAAUGUGCCUGGUACUAGUAAAACUCAAAAGUGCGGCUGUUUUAAUAAGGGAUAUCGGGAAAAUUGUCGAAUUUCGGAAGAUGAUAGUUCUAGCGUGGUUAGCAGCGAUAGCACCUCUUCGUUUAAUAGCAAUUCGGCAGAUGAUGAAGAAAUUGCUAUGGCCGUUCAAGCUGCCGAAAUUGCUACUAGAAAUGAAGUGAGAUCUAAAUUUAGAUCAAGUGAAGAUUUGAUCCACCGCCUUUACGUUUGUAUAGCAGGUGUAGCGGAUCAACUUCAAACAAAUUUCGCAAGCGACCUUCGCAACAUCCUUAAAUCGGUAUUCUUAAUGAACGUCUCCAACGAUCCGGAUCCAUCGCGACAAACUGAUUCCAUAGAAUAUCACCCGACGGAUAACGAAGUAAUCGAAAACGAAGAGUUUUCCGUCGACCCAGACAUCCUCGCCCAAGAAGCCCUUUUCGAUACAGUUUAUUUUCAAAUAAACGACGAUGGAAGCUAUGACGGUAAUGCUUUAACGGAUCAAACGGUUGAAGAUGUCGGUAGAAGUGCCGUCGUUGAGGGUAUUAUAGAAAACGGCGAAAGGAGCGUUGAUGGAAGGAACGUUGUUCCGGUGGAAGCAGGGGUUGGUCCGGAAAGGCCGCCAAUUUGGAUACCGGAUGUCGAAGCGCCGAAAUGUAUGAGUUGCGGGUCAAAUUUCACCGUCGUUAAAAGACGACAUCACUGCCGGAAUUGCGGAAAGGUUUUUUGUUCGCGAUGUUCGUCCAACAACGUUCCUCUGCCGAAAUUCGGACAUACAAAACCGGUUCGGGUCUGCAAUAAGUGCUUUUUGUACCAUCUGGCGCCUUUUACCAUGUGAGAUUAAAAA